GUUCUCGCCAGCUUUCCUAGCCGCUCUUGGGCUUCCUGGUUCGGGGCCGAAGAGGAGGUUUUCUUGCGCGUUUCCGGACCAAACAAAUAGUUUCAGUUCAAAUUAAAACCAACUUUAACUCCGGGCCAGAGAAAUGCGACUUAAAUCUGAUGUUUUUAUCUGAACGUUUGACUUUGUUCAGUUUCAAGCGUCGACCCUGAACCGAAGAGCGACCGACGCCGCCCGACAUAUCAGCCGCCGACAUGAGGCCGGGGAUCGGCCUCCUGACCCUGGUCUCCGGCCUCCUGACCCUGGUCUCCGGCCCCACGGAGGCGGCCGCCCACGGCGACGACCCGGAGCUCGCGUCUCUGGGCUCCAUGUUGGACGACUUUGACGUCCUCCCACUGUCCAGGAUCCAGACCCACUCGGUCCAGCGCCGCGACCUCCAGACCCCGACCCACGCGGAGAAGCUGCUGAGCUUCAGCGCCCUGCAGAGGCAGUUCAGACUCUACCUGAGGACCAACGACCACCUGUUCACCCAUGACUUCAGAGCCGUGGUCGUGGACGAGGACGGACGAGAGCGGCGCCACCCGGUGGACAGACACAGCUACUACACGGGACACGUCAUCGGGGAAGAAAACUCUCGUGUUCAGGCUCAUCUGGACGAAGACGAGUUCUCAGCUCACAUCCUGACACAGGAAGGAGAAUACAACAUAGAGCCUCUGUGGAGGUUCUCCUCGGCGCCCCCCUCUGGUCGUCUCCUGAUCUACCGCUCAGACCACAUCAGGAACCUCAGUCGUCUCCACCAACCGUCCGUCUGUGGCUACGUGACCUCUGACCCCAGCAGGCUCCUCCCACACGGGGUCAGGGCGGCCAUGUUGGAGGACCAGGACCAACAAGAGUCCGUCCCCCGAGAGAGACGUCAGGUCCACGACCACAACAGGAACACGUGUCCUCUGCUGCUGGUGGCCGACCAUCGCUUCUACAAACACAUGGGCCGCGGGGAGGAGAGCACCACCCUCAGCUACCUGAUCGAGCUGAUCGACCGUGUGGACGACAUCUACAGAAACACAUCGUGGGACGAGGAGUUCAGAGGCUACGGGGUCCAGAUCCAGCAGAUCAUCAUUGAGAAGAGUCCGACCCCCGUCGCUCCAGGAAAGACUCACUUCAACAUGAGAGGAAGUCCAGUGGACGGGAAAGACGUGUGGGACGUCAAGAAGCUGCUGGAGCAGUUCAGUGUGGACAUUGCAGAGAAGGCGUCCAACGUGUGUCUGGCUCAUCUCUUCACCUACCAGGACUUUGAUGAGGGGACCCUGGGUCUGGCCUACGUCGCCCCGUCCAAACCCGACAUCCCUGGAGGUCUCUGCUCCAAAGCUUGUCCUUCGUCCGCUAACGAACACGGGUCCAUCUACCUCAACACGGGCCUCACCAGCACCAAGAACUACGGCAAGACCAUCCUGACCAAGGAAGCAGAUCUGGUGACGACUCAUGAGCUCGGACAUAACUUCGGGGCGGAGCACGACCCCGACAACGUCCCGUACUGCGCCCCCCGAGAGGACCAGGGGGGCAAGUACGUCAUGUACCCCAUCGCUGUCAGCGGAGACCACGUCAACAACAAGCUGUUCUCCAGCUGCAGCAGGCGGUCCAUCGUGAAGCGUCUCCGGUCCAAAGCUCCGUCCUGCUUCAGGAUGAGGAACAGCAACGUGUGUGGGAACUCGGGGGUGGAGCCUGGGGAGGAGUGCGACCCCGGACUCAUGAACCUCAGCUCAGACCCCUGCUGCACCUCCGACUGCAGACUGAGACCAGGGGCCCAGUGCAGUGACAGGAACAGUGCGUGCUGUAAAGGUUGCCAGUUUGAGUCCAAAGGUGAAGUGUGUCAGGAGCCCAUCGAUGCCACAUGUAAAGGACACUCGUACUGCACAGGAAACAGCAGUGAGUGUCCCCCCCCCGAAAACGCUGCUGAUAAGACGCAGUGUUUGGACAACGGAGAGUGUCUCAAUGGAGAGUGUGUCCCCUUCUGUCAGGCCGUCCUCAACCUGCAGCCGUGCGCCUGCAACGAAACCAACUCCUCCUGUAAAGUCUGUUGCCGUAGCAACAGCGGCGUCUGCGCUCCCUACCAGGACGACGGUGGACACUUCGUCUUCCUGAGGAAAGGGAAACCCUGCACCGUGGGCUUCUGUGACGGAGCGGGGAAGUGCAUGAAGCAGGUCCAGGACGUGGUGGAGCGUCUCUGGGACUUCAUCGACAAACUGGACAUCAACACGUUUGGGAAGUUCCUGGCUGACAACAUCGUGGGAUCAGUGGUGGCCUUCUCACUCCUCUUCUGGGUCCCCUUCAGCAUCCUGGUCCACUGCGUGGACAAGAAGCUUGAUCAACAGUACGAGCAGACGACAAAGUCUCUGUUCUUCCCCAGCAAUGCCGAGCUCCUGAGCAGCCUGGACUCUGCAUCCGUUCGUAUCUUCAAGCCUCCAAGCUUUGGCCCCGCCCCUCCCCGGCUGCCGCCCGCCGGCCCCCAGCAGACCAGCACCCCCCCAGGCCACACCCCCCCGCCGCUGGACACCAUCCACGAGGACCCCAGCCUGGACGAGGACGCCCUGGAGGAGGCGUUCGGGCGUCCAGCGGCGGGGGGGGCGAGGCCGGCGGCGGCGGGGGGGGCGGGGCGGCGGCGUUCCUUCGAGGACCUGACGGAGAAGAGCGCGGCGAGUCGCAGCGACAAGGCCAAACUGUUCCGGCUGCAGCGGCAGCAUCAGGUGGACACCAAGGAGACGCAGUGCUGAGACGUCUCCAUGGCAACAGAGACACGCCCACUCAGGCAGGGUGGUCGAAUCAGACUUCACCAGCAACCAGAGAAGAAGAAGAGGAGACGGGAAUCAAACCCGACGCUGUUGGUGCUUUGCUGCGGGUUCUAGUCCAGAAGCUUUUAUAUUUUAUACGUUACGUCCCAUAAAUAAAUAAAUGAAUCCAGAACUUUAAAGGUUUAAAUCUGACUUUAACGGAUUUAUGAGCUCCACGUUGUUCUGUUUAAAACGACAAUCACCUCUUUUUCUUCUUCUGUGGUAUUUUUCAGUAUUUCAUGUUUCUAUGGAGACGCUACGUAAGAAAACGUGUGGUGAGAAACAAAAAUAAAGUUUGUGUUUUUUAAAAGAA